GAAGAAAGAGUAAGAAAGGCUGAAGAAGAAAGGGUAAGAAAGGCUGAGGAAGAAAGAGCAAGGAUGGAAGCGGUGAGACAUGCCGAGGAAGAAAGGGUAAGAAAGGCUGAGGAUGAAAGAGUAAGAAAGGCUGAGGAUGAAAGAGCAAGGAUGAAAGCUGAUAUGGAGUUUGUGAGAAAUGUGGCCAAAGAGGUUUCGAAUGAAAUAGAAGCCAAAUUAGAUGGUGCAAUUAAGGAGGCAAUACCUGCUAAAAUAGCUGAAUUGAUUGAUGAGGAGCUAGUGAAACGUACGGCUGAUAAAAUAGGACGUGAGGAGUUAUCUAGAUUUACUGAUUCGGAACUAUAUGAGCUAGUAGUUGAGGAGAUACUGCGUGGGGAACCAAACGAAAAUAACGAACUAAAAAAUGCACAGGAUGAAAUGAAAAAAUUGGAUGAGCCGACAAACCCAGAUUUGGGGGGAGCUGAAGGUGGGCGGAGUAGCGAAGAGUUAGAAAAAGAGCAGGCGGAAAAGGAGCUGACUAAACUUUUUGAACAAAAGGAAUCAGGACAGGAUUUGUUAAAUGAUGAAUCGAUCGUGGAUGUGUUUAAGAAAUUAAUGCACAAUACUAUUGUUAGCUCAGGUGACGAAAGUGAUGGUUGAGAUAGGUACAUAUGAGUGGGAGUAGGUGGGAGGUGUAUGGAUGGCUGCUGAAAUAAAGGGUGCGUGAGGGUAUCGAAAUGAAAACAUGGCAAACUGGUUUAGGUUGACAUAAGACAGUCAUGCUUUAUUAAAGUUAUUUACGGAAA